UGUAAGCAAUCAUUUUUGACAUUGUACUUUUUCAUGGGCCAUGCAACUGGGUGAGUGGUAUAGGUAUGUCCUUUGCCUUGAUACUUUCUGCAAAAAUGUGUCCCUCUUUCUCAUCUUAGCAAGUUAGGGGAAUAUAAGGCUAAUUGUGCAUUGUGUUGUGUUUUGUGCAGCGGUGCGAAAUGACAGGAACAAAAAGAAGAAGGAGGUGAAAGAAGAGGUGGUGGUAUCAGACAGCUAUGAAAUGCCUCCUGAGAUGGAAGAGCUUAUUCAGAAAGUCAGCAAAGCUCACCAGGAAACCUUCCCUUCACUUUGCCAGCUUGGCAAAUACACUACGAAUUCCAGUGCUGAUCAUCGGGUACAACUGGACCUUGGUCUGUGGGAUAAGUUCAGUGAACUUGCCACUAAGUGCAUCAUCAAGAUAGUGGAAUUUGCCAAACGUUUACCAGGCUUCACCACGCUGAGCAUUGCUGACCAAAUCACCCUGUUAAAGGCAGCAUGCCUUGACAUUCUGAUGCUGCGAAUUUGCACACGUUACACCCCAGAACAGGACACCAUGACCUUUUCAGAUGGACUGACCUUGAACCGGACUCAGAUGCACAAUGCUGGUUUUGGUCCCCUUACAGACUUGGUGUUUGCCUUUGCUGGUCAGCUGCUCCCAUUGGAAAUGGAUGACACAGAAACAGGACUCUUGAGCGCCAUCUGCCUAAUCUGUGGAGAUCGGAUGGACUUGGAAGAGCCAGAAAAGGUAGAAAAGCUUCAGGAACCAUUACUGGAGGCACUUAAAUUUUAUGCCCGAAGACGACGACCUAACAAACCCUACAUGUUCCCACGCAUGCUUAUGAAGAUCACUGACCUGCGUGGUAUCAGUACCAAAGGUGCAGAGCGGGCAAUCACAUUAAAGAUGGAGAUCCCAGGACCAAUGCCUCCGCUGAUCCGUGAGAUGCUGGAAAACCCUGAGGCUUUUGAAGAUGGUGCUGACACUCCUAAACCCAGUGAACCUCCGUCCAGCAAUAGCAGUGAGGGCAGUCCUACGGAGGAGGACAGCAGCGGUUCCAAGACCCCUUAG